GACAAGUAAAUGUACCGGAGGGAGAAAGUCAAAGGAAAGAUAAGGACAUAUGUUGUCACUGGGUUUCGAGGCAGCCAAAAAUAAAAACAACUCACUUCAGAUAUGAGCUCACGGAACGCGUCAAAUCAGUGGACUAAAACCGCUACGGACCUUCUGAAUUCAUACAGAUGAUUUAGUUUUAGCUGUGUUUUGUCUAGUGCUUUAUUUCGUUGGAAUAGAAGAUCCUCUGGGUGAUAUUUAUGUUCUAUUUAAAAAAACAAUCUUGUGGCGGGGUAGAAUGGUUUUGAAUCUAUUGAAUUAUUGAAUUGAAAUAAUCUGGGAAAAAUAUUACAAUUUUUUUUUAAGAGGAAACAAAAUAAGGUGGUGGAAAUCGCCGUUGUGGAGAACCCCGACCACAGACAGACCCUUUCUCGGUGGAGACGCGUGAGUGGAGAAAACAGUUUGGAAAGGUACGAGGAGGACUUUUACUGCGAGUUCUUCUCUCCAAGAUCGGAAGACUAAAACUUCACCCAGCAACAUGGAUAUAUUAACGUGGCUGUGUGGAUGUUUACUGGCGGUUUGCUUACCACAAGUAGUUCUCGGUGAAGAAGGUAGCAAAUCGUGUGGUGGACAAGUAGAUGCCAGUGGUGCCGGGUACAUCACCACCCCAGGGUACCCUCUGGAGUACCCCCCACACCAGAACUGUCGUUGGGUCGUCACCGCCCCAGAACCCUCCCAACGUGUCGUCCUCAACUUCAACCCCCACUUUGAACUGGAGAAGCUGGACUGCAGAUAUGACUACGUAGAGAUCCGCGAUGGGAACAGCGAGAAGGCAGACCUGUUGGGUAAACACUGCAGUAACAUCGCCCCUCCAGCCAUCAUAUCCUCAGGCCCUGUCCUCCUCAUCAGGUUCGUCUCUGACUACGCUCACCAGGGGGCUGGCUUCUCACUGCGGUAUGAGAUCUUCAAGACUGGUUCAGACUGCUCCCGUAACUUCACCAGUCAGAACGGGAUCAUUGAGUCUCCGGGGUUCCCUGAUAAAUACCCUCAUAACCUGGAGUGUUCCUUUAUUAUCAUCAUGCCCCCGGCCAUGGACUUGACCCUGACCUUCCUGACCUUUGACCUGGAGAAUGACCCCCUGCCCGGGGGAGAGGGAGACUGCAAGUACGACUGGCUGGAGGUCUGGGACGGUCUGCCACAAGUGGGUCCUCUGAUAGGACGUUACUGUGGAACUAAGAUCCCUCCUGAGAUGACGUCGUCUACAGGUAUCCUGUCUCUGUCCUUCCACACGGACAUGGCCGUGGCCAAAGAUGGCUUCUCUGCUCGCUACAACAUGACACACAAAGAGGUCAGCGACACUUUCCAUUGCAGUAACGCGUUAGGUCUGGAGUCAGGGAAGAUCUCUGACGACCAGAUCACAGCCUCCUCAUCCUUUUACGACAACACCUGGUUGCCACGGCAAGCCCGUCUUAACAACAAUAACAACGCGUGGACCCCAAACGAGGACAGCAGCAAAGAGUUCAUCCAGGUGGAUCUCCAUGUCCUGAAGGUGUUGACGGGUAUCGCUACCCAGGGAGCGGUGUCCAAGGAGACCCAGAAGUCCUACUACGUCAUCACCUUUAAGCUGGAGGUCAGCACCAACGGAGAGGACUGGAUGGUCUACCGAUAUGGCAAGAACCACAAGGUGUUCCAUGCCAACACAGACUCGACCGAGGUGGUUCUGAACCGGAUCCCCCUGCCUGUUCUGGCCCGCUUUGUACGCGUCAGACCCCAGACCUGGAAGACAGGCAUCGCCCUGCGCUUGGAGCUCUACGGGUGUCAGAUCACCGACGCUCCAUGUUCUGAGAUGCAGGGGAUGCUGUCCGGCCUGCUGCCCGACUCCCAGAUCACAGCCUCAUCCAUGAGGGAUAUCCACGGCUCCAUGGGGACGGCCAGGCUGGUAGCCAGCAGGUCAGGAUGGUUCCCCAGCCCAACACAGCCUCUGGCCGGGGAGGAGUGGCUGCAGGUGGACUUGGGGGUCCCCAAGACCGUACGAGGCGUCAUCACCCAGGGAGUCAGGACAGUGGAGGGGAGUACCUCGGCUGAGAACAGGGCCUUCGUCAGGAAGUACCGCGUGUCUCACAGCCUGACGGGCAAGGACUGGACUUUUAUACUGGACAGAAAGACCAGCCAUCCUAAGAUUUUUGAGGGAAACACACACUACGACACUCCAGAGAUCCGUCGGUUUGAGGAGAUAACGGCUCAGUUCAUCAGGAUCUACCCAGAGAGGUGGUCUCCUGCUGGGAUAGGGAUGAGGCUGGAGGUCCUGGGAUGUGAACUGCCAGAGACCACCACUCUACCUGACACUGCCACACCGACCCUGCCACGUUUAGAGGAUACCACCACUGCCCAAAGAGGAGCAGGCACUACACCUUGGUCUCUGUGUGACUUUGAGUCCAGUCUGUGUGGCUGGAUCCCAGACAGCAUGUCAGAGCUGAGCUGGUCUCUCCACAGUGGCAGCCUCUCAUCUGGUCUCACACCUAGUCUGGAUCUACCUCUCUCUCUGCCCAAAGACGACGUGGGUAACUUCCUCCACAUCGAGGCCAGCCCCAGGACAGAGAGGCAGCGAGCCCGUCUGGUGAGCCCCGCUGUGGGGCCUGAGAGGGGGCCGCUGUGCCUGCUCUUCAACUACCAGCUCCAGGGGCCCGAGAACCAGGGGCUGGGGUCCCUCAGGAUCCUCCUCAGAGACAACGACCGGGAGGAGACUCUUCUCUGGGCACUCGGAGGAGACCAGGGGCCCGUGUGGAAGGAGGGACGCACCAUUCUGCCCCAGUCACCCAAAGAGUACCAGGUGGUGAUUGAGGGUUACUUUGAGCACGGAAACAGAGGACACAUCUGGAUAGACAACAUUCACAUGAGCUCUAGUACAGAGCUGGAACAGUGCACACAGCCCUUCGCUGCAUUCCCUCCAGACAUGACUGAUUGGAGACCUAUCGACUUUGGAAAUAAACCACUUUUCAACGGCAGGGAACGUGUGAACGGAGGUUUCCCGUUCCCAGAGUGGAGUACCCCUGGCCCGUCCAUGGACCCCCCUGUGACACGUGUCUCUGAGAAGGACAACUCGUGGCUGUACACCCUGGAUCCUAUCCUGGUCACCAUCAUCGUCAUGUCUUCCCUGGGCGUACUGCUGGGGGCGGUGUGUGGCGGCCUGCUGCUCUACUGCACCUGCUACUACAGCGGCCUGUCGUCACGGAGCUCCACCACAUUGGAGAACUACAACUUUGAGCUGUACGACGGGAUCAAACACAAGGUGAAGAUCAACCAGCAACGCUGCUGCUCCGAGGCCUAGGACGCUUUCCUCCACCGGAAGGCCUUCAAGCCCUUGGGCUGUUCCAACCCAAAGACAUGCUUAAUGCUUGAUGACCCCGACAUACAGACAGAUACACCCGCUAGACCCUACCCCCCCACCCCUCGGGGGUCUCUUCUCUGCCUGCAGGAGAGGCCCUGAUCAAUCAAAACUUGGGAAUGAACCACACUUACCUGCCAUGAUGCCACACGUACUGGCCAGUGGACUACAGGGGUCUGGGCUUGGAACUGAACACUUUCUGUCAGUCUGGGCUUGGCCCUGAACUCCUACUGUCAGUCUGGGCUUGGACCUGAACACUUACUGUCCAUCUGGGCUUGGACCUGAACACUUACUGUCAGUCUGGGCUUGGACUCAAAAUCCUACUGUCAAUCUGGGCUUUGACCUGAACUCCUACUGUCAGUCUGGGCUUGGAGUCAAACUCCUACUGUCAGUCUGGGCUUAGACUCAAACUCCUACUGUCAGUCUGGGCUUGGACCUGAUCUCCUACUGUUCGUCUGGGCUUGGACUCAAACCCCUACUGUCAGUCUGGGCUUGGACCUGAACACUUACUGUCAGUCUGGGCUUGGACUCAAACUCCUACUGUCAGUCUGGGCUUGGACCUGAUCUCCUACUGUCAGUCUGGGCUUGGACUCAAACUCCUACUGUCCGUCUGGGCUUGGACCUGAUCUCCUACUGUCAGUCUGGUAUUGGACCUGAACACUUACUGUCAGUCUGGGCUUGGACUCAAACUCCUACUGUCAGUCUGGGCUUGGACCUGAUCUCCUACUGUCAGUCUGGGCUUGGACCUGAACUCCUGCUGUCAGUCUGGGCUUGGAAUCAAACUCCUACUGUCCGUCUUGGCUUGGACCUGAACUCCUACUGUCAGUAUGGGCUUGGACCUGUACACUUACUGUCAGUCUGGGCUUGGACCUGAUCUCCUACUGUCAGUCUGGACUUGGACCUGAACACUUACUGUCAGUCUGGGCUUGGACUCAAACUCCUACUGCCAGUCUGGGCUUGGACUCAAACUCCUACAGUCAGUCUGGGCUUGGACCUGAUCUCCUACUGUCAGUCUGGGCUUGGACCUGAACUCCUGCUGUCAGUCUGGGCUUGGACUCAAACACUUACUAUCAGUCUGGGCUUGAACCUGAACACUUACUGUAGGUCUGGGCUUGGACUCAAACUCCUACUGUCCGGCUUGGACCUGAACUCCUACUGUCAGUCUGGGCUUGGACCUGAAUUCCUACUGUCAGUCUGGGCUUGGACCUGAACUCCUACUGUCAGUCUGGGCUUGGACCUGAACUCCUACUGUCAGUCUGGGCUUGGACCUG